CAUCUGCUUUAAAAUGAAAGCAGCUGCUGCAGAUUGCCGCAUUCGCGUUCGGCAUUCCCAAGAUGAUCUGCUGCUACACCACAAUUAAGUACACUGGACUCUUGUCCAAUCUGCUGUAUAUGCUGCUGGCCAUUGGCGUAAUGGCUGCCGGUGGUUUGGGUCUGCAGAUGGCGCAACCGAACACGCCGGAGCAUACGUACUUUGUGGAAAGUCUGGUGCUCGGGGCUACGAUCUGCACCAUAAUUAUAUUUGGCUGCUAUGGCCUGGUCAGUGAUUUGCUUAGCGUGAAUAUAAUUUUUACCGGCUUCAUAUUGAUCGUGCUCGGACUGGAGUAUUUGCAGCUGCACAACUAUCAGCCGCACAGUCGCUAUAAAAACACCUCGCAGCAGCUGGAGCUGCUGACGGUCUGGCACGAAUUGGAGAAGCAGCCGGAGCAGAUGCAGCAGUAUGAGCAGCAGCAUCAUUGCUGCGGCUACAAUAAUGCCAGCGACUACAAGGCUAUGCAAAUGCCCAUACCCAAAAGUUGUUAUCAGCCUGGCAGCGAUGAGCUGCUUUUUACACGAGGUUGUCAAGCGACAUUGAAGCAUGGCCGCAGCCGCAUCGAGCAGCGCGAUAAGCUCUUUAUGUGGUGCAUCAUUGGCCUUGAGAUUUUCAUACUGGUGCAGACGAUUGUGUUGAGCGGGCUGCUUUAUAAGCUGAGACGGCGCGAGCGACUCGCACGACAGCAGGUGCCGCCAGGUGUGCGCCGCGAGCCGCGCGCCAAUCAUGUGGGCUCCCGUACCCAGCUGCUGGACAAUGUUUGAACUUCAACAUCAUAUCAAAUAAGUCGUUUAUUGUAUUAUAUCAAGAAUCGUAAUUUCUAGUAGGUGUAGCGACGCGGCUUGUUGGUCAGCUGACAGCACAGCGUAAUUCCCAAAAUAAUGCCGAUAAUCUGCAAGAGAGAAAUACA